AUGGUUGGAAAAUAUUAUCGUAUUGGAAUUUUUGCCAGCAGAGAUAUUGUUAAGGAUGAAGAAUUAACAUUCGACUACAAUGCUGAAAGAUAUGGAUCCGAGGCUCAAGAAUGUUUUUGUGGUGAAUCUAAUUGUCGUGGUAUCAUCGGCGGAACUAAGGAAACAGUUGACGCUUUAUUAUAUAGUUUGUUAAAUGUGGCAAAUCUUGAAGAACCAAUCAAUGGUCCUGAAUCUGUCCUUGAAUUCAUUGGAUUGAUGUUGAAAUCGGUUGAGAAGUAUCCUGCUAUGGUUCCUGGGCUUUUACACAGGCUUGAAUUGACGACAGACAGAAGUACAAUCUAUAGGUUUAUGAAGCUUCACGGAUCAAUCAUGUUAAAGACUUAUUUGUACGAGCAUCAAAAAAACGAUGAUAUUAUCUCAAAAACAUUAAAUGUUAUCGAAAAAAUUCCUUACAAAUACAAGAAUGUACGAGUUGAAAAUUCACAUCUUAAAGAAUGGGUUUCUCGUUUCGUAAAUCGAACUGACGAAAUUGGUGAACGUUGCAGUAAGUUGGUAGAAAAAUGGGACGCUCUUCCUGUAUACAUUAAACCACCAAAAUAUAGUGAUCUUGGAUUAGAACCACCAGAAGUUAGGCGUCAAAAAGAAGAGGAGCAAAAGAAACGCAAAGAGGAGGAGAAAAAGAAACGUGAAGAGGAAUUGAAGCAAAAAUAUAACACGGAUACCAAAAAAUACGAUUCUACUCAUGAUUAUUACUGUCGUUACACUGAGAGUAACUAUGCCUUCCAAAACUUGUCACAGUUCACUUAUUGGCUUAACCAAUUUCACGAUGUCGUAUACAAACGCCCCCCUCCUCCUAUCUUCUUAACUCCAGACAUGAAAAGAAAGAAAUCCAGAAACUCUUACAAUUUAGCCAAUAAGUCAUUACGAUACGAUUAUAAUAAUUUUGGUAGAAGCGAUGAUUAUAAUGGUGUUAGUAAUGAUUAUAAGGGCAAAGGAAGAAAUGAUGAUUAUAUUAGACGUAGUAGUAGCGGUGGUGAUUAUAAGGGCAAAAGCAGAAGCGAUGAAUAUAAUGGACGUGGUAGUAGUCCUUCUGCAUCAUCAUUAAAAUUUAAAAAUGAAAGACCAUCAAGAUACUAUCAUCCAUACCGAAGAUCCUCUCCUCAACCAGAAGUAUCCGCAUCAACACCAGUAUCAUCUUCCGCAUCAUCGACGACUAAAAAAAAACAAAUUAAAGAAGAGAAAAAAGAAGAAGUGCCACCUCUUGCUCCCAACUGGUCAGAAGCAGUUGAUGAAUAUGGUAGAAUCUAUUAUUAUAACAAAUAUACCAACAAAACUCAAUGGGAAAGACCAGUUGUUGUAAACGAUAGAAAGACAUACGAUGGAUUUAGUGAAGCUGAGAUCCAUGCUACAAUUGAACGUGCAGAAUAUUAUUCAAAAGAGGCUUCUAAAAAACGCGAAAAAGAAUUGGCUGCUGAACGUGAAAACCGAUACAAACAUUGUAUGGAUUUGGAUACAUUUAAAAAAUAUGCCAAAGAAUUAUCCGACUUGGUACAACGUAAAGAGGUUCGACAAUCUGAAUUGUCUACCGGAUCUACAUAUCAAAUCGACGAUACGUUACGUAGCAGAAUCAAGAAAUGUAGUGUUGAGUUUAUGGAAAAAUUGAUUUUAGAAGAAA